GCGCGCCGCGUCCAUACUCGUUUCUAAAGACCAAGCGUGUAGAAUAAAGCACGCUCUCAGUUUCUUUAAGGCGACUCACGUUUCCUCUCACUUCGCCGUGUUCACCACCUGAAUGAGUAAUAAAUACAAUUCAGCAUAGCCAUGUCAGUUUCCGAGCCACAGUCAGUGGACUCCGGCGGAGCGGGAGGGUAUGGAGCCUUUUACCCGGCGGGAUACCAGGCGCUGCAACCGGAGGAGCACGGCCUAGAUCGCGGCUUCCGACUCACGGCCUUUUCCGAUAUGAAAGGAUGAGGGUGUAAAGUCCCGCAGGAGACUCUGCUCAAACUCCUGCAGGGACUAGAGCCUGACCGCCCGCCCGGAGAGGACGGCGGCUCGGGGACGGGUGUUGGAGACGAGACCGCUGAUUUCGGGCAACUUGUUUCAGUUCCCCAGGGUCCUCGACUAGGUAUUGGAAUGGACUCAUGUGUGAUCCCUCUGAGGCACGGGGGUCUCUCCCUGGUCCAAACCACAGAUUUCUUCUAUCCUUUAGUGGAGGAUCCUUACAUGAUGGGACGGAUUGCCUGUGCAAAUGUGCUGAGUGAUCUGUACGCUAUGGGCAUCACAGAGUGUGACAACAUGCUCAUGCUUCUCAGCGUCAGUCAGAAGAUGAAUGAGAAGGAGAGAGAGAUUGUGAUGCCUUUAAUGAUGAAGGGCUUCCGUGAUGCGGCGGAGGAGGGCGGGACUUCAGUAACCGGGGGACAAACAGUCAUCAAUCCCUGGAUCAUCGUCGGGGGCGUGGCCUCUGUUGUGUGCCAGCCUAACGAUUUCAUCAUGCCUGAAAGUGCUGUACCUGGAGAUGUGUUGGUUCUCACUAAACCUUUGGGAACUCAAGUAGCAGUGAAUGCCCAUCAGUGGCUGGAUAUACCUGAGAAAUGGAACAAGAUAAAGUUGGUGAUUUCCAAGGAGGAGGUGGAGCAAGCUUAUCAGGAGGCUAUGCUCAACAUGGCCACACUCAAUCGCACUGCUGCAGCUUUAAUGCACAAAUUUAAUGCACAUGCUGCCACCGACAUCACAGGCUUUGGGAUCAUAGGUCACGCACGGAAUCUCGCCCAGCAGCAGAGAAAUGACGUUGCCUUUGUCAUUCACAACCUUCCCAUUAUCUCCAAAAUGGCCGCAAUCAGCAAAGCCGGUGGAAACCUAUUUGGGCUUUUGCAGGGCACCUCUUCUGAAACCUCAGGUGGCCUGUUGAUCUGCUUGCCACGGGAGCAGGCGGCCCGGUUUUGCGCCGAGAUGAAAUCCAGUCGUGUGGGUUUGUCGGGAGUGGUGGGGCAGGAUGGAGGGGUGGGCGAUGGGCAACAGGCUUGGAUCAUUGGCAUCGUGGAGAAGGGCAAUCGCUGCGCCCGCAUCAUCGACAAACCUCGGAUCAUAGAGGUCCCGUACCGUGGCUCAGUGGUCAACGCGCAGGAGGCGAGCAACAAUAAUGCUAGUCCUCCUCAGGUUCAGCAGACAUAACAACUCCACAACGCCACAGGGGGUCUCUCAGCGAUCAUUAUUCUUUACCCCGACCCUUACUAUGAUGAUCGAUUUAAAUGUGUGUGUUCAUAACAGGCAUGGUGUUUGUGAAGGACAGAGUGUGUAUGGUUGCUCUUGCUGUCCAUUCCUUCCCCCCGUUCAACCAAAGGGUUGAGAGCAACAGACCAAAAAUAUUUUAACUGACCUGGUGGGAGAUGGAAUGGACAAGCUAACGUAUUUUCAUCACUCAUUGUAUUUUUUUCAACUCAUUCUUUCAAACACACACACACACACGCACGCACGCACGCUCCACUCUGUUUUUUUCUUCUUCUUCAAUGUUUAACAGCUAUUCUUUAAAAGAAUAGUUCACCCAAACCAUAAAAGCUAACUUAAGUUAUUAACCCUUAUGUUGUUUUAAAUCUGUAUGCUGCUAUUUGAUAAUUUUAUUUUUGUUGAACACAAAAGGAGGAUUUUCAGGCAGAUAUUUUUCUAUAAAAAACAGUGAAAUCGAUCCUUUUGAGGCCAAAAAUGUCUUUUGAGGCCACUGCAAAAAGUGAUUUUGUCUUAUGUUCCAGUAUGAAUGAAUGUCAAAUCAUUCUUAAAUUAAGAAACAUUUUCUUGAGAAGCAAGACAUAAAAUCUUGUUUAUGGAAAAAGUAUCAAAAAGAAGUGAUUUUAUACUUAAAACAAGAGAAAAAUGUCAAUUGGAUAAGAAAAAUAACCCGGUUUUUGUAGUUUUCUUACCCCGUUGGCCGAGUCGUUUUUCAUUUAACUCGCUUAAUUUUGAUACAUUUUUCAGAAAACAAGACAAAAGCUUAUUUUUAUGUUUCUCAAGUCAGUGUAUGAAUGCUUUGAUCUUUUUUCUCUGACUAAGAAAGUGAACAGACAAAAUUUGUUAAUAUUUGUGACCUGUUAACUCGAGAUUGAGUUAGCAAGUAAUGGUAGUUAUACAGAAAAAGGGCUGAUAAUUCUGCUUUUGUGUUCCUCUGAAAACAACAUACAGGUUUAGAACAACACAUGGGUGAGUAAUUAAUGUUUCCAUUGCAUUUAUAUAAUAUCCAGAUUCCAGACUUAAUUAUUUCUACUUGAAGGGGUGGAGGCUUUGAGACCUCACACUAAAAUGAAGCUGAGUUUACUAAGAAACCAUUCCAAUGAGUUCUUGAUCCAUCGGAUGCUUUGAAUAGCAAAUACACUUAAUGACAAUCAGACAUGUUUUUUUUUAAGCCAUCUGACAAACACGUGUCAAAGAAACACUAUCACACCAAUGUAUCCUGGGGCCUGAGUAAUCAUAAACGUUGGAUUAGUUGAGAUAUUUAGUGGUACAAUCAAUAUUUAUUUUGUCAAAAAUGUAUCCAAAUUUCAAGUGCUUUUAGGUGGUGUUUAUCUUGUAUCCAAUCAGUCUGAUUCAUCCAUCCGUUUUAAUAGGACAUUCUUGUAACAUUCAAUUAUGUCUGGUAAAAUUAGGUUAUAAUGUUCUGUCUUGUGGGUCUUUUUCCUGAAUUGAGUGACCCUAAACUAGUUAAAGUAGGUUCGACCAGUUCUUCAUUUAUAUUAAUAUGGAAAACAUGCGUCAUGGUUUUAGGGGCAGCAGUUAAUUAUGAAUGAUUGUGGUGAGACAUAUGGAUGAUCUUUUUCUUCUCUCUCAACAAGUCUGUUGAUUUUGAACAGAAGAUAAGGUAGUCUGGUUCUCCCUCUUGUAUCUGAGAAAGGGUUGAGCAGCUUUCUCUGGUCCAGUGGGUGAGCCCAGAAUGCCAGUUGUGCUGUUUGAAUGGCUAGGACAGAACAGCAGUGUCCACAGUCCUCUUUAUGACACCUCUCUCUAUAACCCCAGCUCAUGGGACAGGUGAGGUUGAUGUUAGAUAGGAAGGGAUAGGCUGAACUGCCAUGUUCAUUCUCCUGGCACUGGUUUUGUCAUUGCAGUUUUCAUUCAUUAAACCAAUGUGACUCAAUAAACUUGUGAUUUCUCUAAACUGAU